AAAAAAAUUGAUAUUGCCUGUAGUGUUCUCUCCGCUCCGGUUAAUUAAAAUUUUUCGGCUGGUGCUAGCUUAACGAUGAAGAAGUGCGCAGAUUAAGAGAAUCUGCUUUCAGGAAGUGGGCGUAGGUUAAGACUGGAGAGAGAGAGAGAGAGAGGGAACAGUUGAUGCGACGGUGAUCCAUGUCCAGGAUGAAGCAUCUACUGCGCAAACUCCACAUCGGAGGGAGCGUCAAUGAACACCACAGGCUGGGCGGAAACCGUGCCAAUAGUAGUUCGUCUCCGCCACCGUCGACGUCGUCUUCCACGCCUCAUUCGUCGUCCACAGGGUCCACAGUUGCAAGGAAUAGAGUUGGCGAUGCAACCGAGAGGACUACCGGCGUUGUUUCUGCCGCUGCGUCUGCUGAAAGUUCUGUUGAUUUCAAUUUCUUCGAAGAGGAGUUUCAGGUACAGCUCGCUUUGGCGAUCAGUGCGUCGGAUCAUAGUUCGCGCGAAGACCAGGAGUCGGCUCAGAUCAAGGCCGCGAAGCGGAUGAGUCUGGGCUGUUCUCCUGUUGCUGCUGCUGAUGAAACCCUUGUUGAGUUUCUCUCGCUCCACUAUUGGAACUACAAUGUUCUGAAUUAUGACGAAAAAGUGAUGGAUGGAUUUUAUGAUGUCUAUGGUAUCUCUUCAAAUUCAAACUUACAUGGAAAAAUGCCAUUGCUGGUGGAUCUUCAAGCAACAUCCAUUUCGGGCAAUGUUGAUUAUGAAGUGAUUCUGGUAAACCGUACUACUGAUCCUUCACUGCAACAACUCGAGAGAAGAGCAGCUUCUAUAGCCUUAGAAUGUCAAGCUAUAGAGCUUGGUCCAAUUCUAAGUGGUCUGGUCCAGAAGAUUGCAGAUCUUGUUGUUGAUAAAAUGGGAGGUCCAGUCAGUGAUGCUGACGAAAUGUUAAGAAGGUGGACAGCCCGGAGUUACGAAUUACGGAACUCACUGAACACAAUCAUUCUUCCCCUUGGAUGCCUUGAUGUUGGACUUUCCCGUCACAGGGCUUUGCUAUUUAAGGUACUAGCUGAUCGGGUGAAUCUUCCAUGUCGGCUGGUGAAAGGGAGCUACUAUACGGGUACUGAUGAGGGAGCUGUGAACCUGAUCAAAAUUGAUUGUGAAAGUGAGUACAUAAUUGAUCUAAUGGGGGCUCCAGGCACUCUGAUUCCUGCAGAGAUUCCCAAUAGCCAUAUUCAAAGUUCUGGAUUCAAUGUGACAAGAUCUAUGAGCAUUUCAGAGGGUGUAAAUGAUUCAUGUUUGGCACCUGACAAGGUCAACUAUCAGUCUGAAAACACUACGCAGGCUUCAGGAGGAAUUUCAUCUGAUCUUGAUCAUAGAGAAGUUAGUAGUUCAGGUUCGGUUGAAGUAUCUGGUGUCUUUCAAUUGGAAGCAAAUAAAGUAAAUCUUGUUGAAGAAAAUAAAACCAAGAAAAAUCAUGAUGGAUUUGAAUGCCGUUUUGAUAAGCUUCCCUCAAGUGUUGAACAUGUUCUUGUACCCUUCAUUGAGGAGGAAUCCUUAAACCAUGUUGCCUAUAAAAAUAAGCAAAAAUGUUCUGCUCAGGAUAUGACAGGAAUACAGAAAGGAAAUGCAGAUAUUUCUUCAGACCUUAAACUUUUGAUACCAACUGCAAGUUUACUAUCUGCAAAAAAAUCACGUUGUGGCAUCUCAAAUCAUCAACCUGUUAUUGACAUGAAUGUCAUCAGUGCUGAUGACCGUUUAUCUUCUUUGGCUACAAGUGAGGGGUUUGUGUUGAUUGGGAAUGGAAAUGGAGAAGUGAUCCAUGAUUUCAUAGAUGUUGGUUCAGCUUCUGUUCCAAGAACUUCAUAUGGAAAACAAAUUCAAGAAUCUUCAGUGCCACAUCUGGCUAAAUCUCGUGAAAGACAACUUGGAUGUGUCUUAAAUGGUGCUGCUCCCCUAAGCAGUCAUGGAAAUGCAGGUGGAAUUGCAGAGUAUGUGGAAACUAAAGGAAACAUUUGUUUGCAAGAGAAUCCACACAAUGAACAAGGACUUGUUGUGAAGCCCAUGGAAAUGGCCAGUAGUGAGCAACAUAGCAAUAUUGACUGUGAGAGAGUCAAUACACAGCUUGAUGAAGUUGCAGAAUGGGAGAUUCCAUGGGAGGAUCUUCAGAUUGGUGAGCGAAUUGGUCUUGGUUCAUAUGGUGAGGUUUAUCAUGCUGAUUGGAAUGGAACUGAGGUUGCUGUGAAGAAGUUCUUAGAUCAAGAUUUCUCUGGUGAUGCAUUACAACAGUUCAGAUGUGAAGUUAUGAUCAUGCGAAGGCUGCGGCAUCCAAAUGUUGUUCUUUUUAUGGGAGCAGUCACUCGCCCCCCAAAUCUCUCAAUACUUACAGAGUUUCUUCCAAGGGGGAGUUUAUAUAGGCUAUUGCAUCGUUCUGGUGUUCAACUUGAUGAAAAGCGGCGAUUGCGAAUGGCCCUUGAUGUGGCCAAGGGAAUGAAUUACUUGCAUACAAGCCAUCCUACCAUUGUACAUAGAGAUCUGAAGUCCCCAAAUCUCCUUGUUGAUAAAAAUUGGGUUGUGAAGGUCUGUGAUUUCGGCCUGUCACGUUUGAAGCACAACACUUUCCUGUCUUCAAAAUCUACAGCUGGAACGCCAGAAUGGAUGGCACCUGAAGUUCUAAGGAAUGAAAGAUCCAAUGAGAAAUGUGAUGUAUACAGUUUUGGUGUGAUAUUGUGGGAAUUGGCUACUCUACGAAUGCCAUGGAGUGGGAUGAACCCUAUGCAAGUUGUUGGAGCUGUAGGGUUCCAAAAUAGACGCCUUGAUAUACCUGAAGAAGUGGACCCAGCAGUCAGGCAGAUCAUAUGUGAUUGCUGGCAGAAUGAGCCAGAAUUGCGGCCUUCUUUUCAGCAACUCUUGACUCCCCUCAAGCACCUGCAACGUUUGGUUGUUGAGAAUCCAUAGGAUCCAAAUCCAAAUUAGAGUAGGAGAGGUGGAAUGGUGCUAUUGUAUUUAUAGUUGUGCCAAGGCUCGAAGAGCAGGUACAGCAGAAAACAUGUUGCAGAAUCUAUUAACAAACACAGAGACAAAAAAUGUAGAGGAAAUAAAAAAAAAAAACGGAGAAGACUGAAUUUGUGAGUUGGUUCAUUCGAAGUGGGGACCACAACACAAAUAAAGCCAGAACUGUCAGUCUGAUGCUGUGGGGUUCCUUGAAGCAACUGCGCGAAGUGCAGUGGAGGGAUGCCAUGCGACAGGGAAGUAGUAUGUUUAUGAGUUUAUCUACUCUAGUCUUUAGGUAGUGACUAGUAAACUAGGGAAUAACAGUUAUAGAUUCAGGAAGAAAAGGAAGAAAAGAAAAAGGAGAUAUAUAUAAAUAUUAUUUGUGUUUUCUUGGGGAGGGGUCUAGUUCAUUGAAGCUUGGCAGCUUCUGAAAUUGUACACAUCUGACCUCUGUCCAUAAUUGUUGUGAAGGAAAAAGAAAGAAGCAAAAAGAAUCUAUGAAGAAGGAACAAUAUGGGAAUGCACAACAGUCAACAGCACAAGGCUUGUUCUUUAUUUUGCAAAUGAUCUCUCAAAAGUUGUCUCACUGUUACUUUUUCUUUUUUAAAUUCAAAAGCACAAGAUGUGUUCUGUCUGUUACUUGUGUGCGUGUGUUGUAAAUCUGAUUAUCUUCAAACGAAUACUGCAUCCAUAGCCAUCAUCACUUUGUCAUCGUGGAAGCGCUUUAAGCUGGAUUCCUCAGUUAUUGGGAUCUUCCCAUCAUCAAAAUGAAAAUAAAUUGCAAGCUA